AUGGUAUUAAAGCGCACAGUCGAGAACGUGCUGUCGAAAACAAGCGAUGGAACGCGAGCGGCGGUUUCACGACUCAAAGCGGCAGCGUCGCAAGCGCAGGCGCCAGCUGCGCUCGAGGCGGUCAGCGUAGGGGUGGCAACGUCGAGCGUUUCGAACGUCGAGCGCCUUGUAAAUACUGUGGCAAGUAUCGUGUACGGGAGAAAUGUGCUGCGGCCGGUG